AUGUUUCCACCUACAGCAGCGGAGGCGACUCGUGAAUGUACUAGUACACGCACCGUCACAAUAGCGGCAGGCUGUGGCACCGUUGGGGCUUUAACCACUGCGACCAGCUACCCGCUCAACACCGCCAAAUUAAUCAGUGUCACAUCAUCCGCUGCCACUGCGGUUGCCAUCGCCAUCGCCAUCGCCAGCACCAGCGCAACAACUUCGCCCGUGACAAGCGGCACAACAGGUCUUGCAGCAGUCCCAUGCAACAUGACCGGCGCCAAUUCAAAUCUUGCAUACACCUCAACAGCAAACUCGUCGAAAAACUACACCUUUGCCAUUGAAUGCUUCGCCGACUACCCGAACCACAUAGCAGCUUUUGACGGCAAUAACAUGGUGUUCGAUGUGUAA